AUGUCGGCUUUGCAGACCUUCAUGCUGGUCGUCGACAACGACAAAGAUGAAGCUAAGAGCAUCGCCGAAUCCGUGGCCCAAGAUGUCGAGAACAAGAAGACUACUUUGAUUGAUAUUGUCCGACAGCUUGGCGAAUAUAUCAACGACGAAGACCCAAUCUUGCGUGGAAAGGCAAUUUCCUUCCUCACCGCGGUGAUCAAGGCAUUGCCUCCCCGCUUCCUAACGAGACAACAGAUCCAAGUCCUGACAACGUUCUUUGGUGAUCGAAUUGAAGAUGGUGGUGCCGUCGCGGGUCUGGAUAGAUUGCAAGGAUUGGAGCGGUUUAACAAGGAAUUGGCGGUUGAGACUGCCCAGGCCCUGUUCGCCAAUUUCCAGGACCUCCAGUCUCGCUCCCAAACACAACGGUUUCAGGUGUAUCAGUUGCUGAACGAAUUGAUGUCGGGACACCGGGCGGCGUUGCGUGAAAUGGGUGAUGAUUCUCUCAUGGGAAUUGUGGAUCUCAUGACUGGAGAGAAGGACCCGCGUAACCUGAUGAUGGUCUUCUCUAUUCUGAAGGUCGUCAUGGUGGAAUGGGAUAUUACGAAUCAUGCUGAGCUCCUGUUUGACUCGGUAUACAACUACUUCCCGAUCACCUUCCGACCUCCACCGAAUGAUCCAUAUGGAAUUACCGCACAAGACUUGAAAGGCCGUCUACAGGAUUGUAUCUCGGCCUCGAGACACUUUGCUCCGCAUGCUAUUCCUUCUUUGCUGGAGAAACUUGACUCCACAUCGCCGAACGUUAAGAAGGAUGCUUUGAACGCUUUGAUUGCGUGUAUUCAUUCAUACGACCCAGACACCGUAUCUCGAUACUCCAUCACCAUCUGGGAAGUUCUCAAGUUUGAGAUUCUUAAUGCUCAAGAGGAAUUUUUAUCAGAGUCAUCUCUGGAGGCCCUUUCCGGAAUCGCAAAGCGACUCUCUGAAGGUGUCACCAAGGUUACACCAGAUCUACCCCUUGUGCAAUAUCUCCGCCCUAUCAUUCAGGAGUGCAAGGAUCAACUGCAAGAGCCUCAACAGAAGCAGGCAAAGCCUGCGCAACAGAUUCUCGGCUCGCUAUCGACGUCAUCUGUCCUAGCCUUCACGAUAAUUAUUCGGACAGUCGUUGCUCCCUUAUUCACUAUCUACCAAGAGGCAGAUGGAAUUGUCAAGCAGCGGGCUCUCCUUGAGACACUGGCUAUCUUGUUUCAGUCUGCGAUCCAGGUCUUUGGACAAUGGACAACCCGUGGAGGCGAGAUUACACAGGAGAACCCCUUGGUUGAGUUCAAGGAUCAAUUCUCAGAUGUCUUGGGACAGGCACUUAUGGGCUCUGCCAAGGAUGAGGUGUCUUUCCGCGUUACUGCAUUGAAGGGAUUUUUGCGGCUCUCGACCUUGCGUGAUUUCUUCCAGGAUAACGAAAUUGGAUUAUUCGUGCAAUACCUGGAUGAAAUCCUCUUGACUGAGGAAUCCGCUGCCCGAGAUGACCUCAAAAAAGAAGCCAUUGCAGCACUGGCUGAGAUCUCCAAGCACAAGCCUCGACUGAUCAUGGAUAUCACUUUCCCUGCAUUUGUGGCAACGCUUCCCGAUGAGGAUGAUGGCUCGAACGUAACUUACUUGUCGACCUUGGAUACCCUCGCCCAAAUCAGCAUAGAGAGAGACAUCUUCGAAACCCUGUUCCGACGUCUCUUCAGCAAGCUUACCAUUCUACUCCAAAGAGAACAGCCCGGAUCAGCAGCUUACCCUAGAGCUAUUCUUGUGACUCUGCUUUACGUCAUGCAGCAGAGACAGAUGGAUGCUGAUCCAAACGUGGACUUGUACUUUGACAAGAUUGUCGUGGGUCUUUGUCAGAGUGUUGCAGAGUCAGCUUCAGGACAGGGCAAGAACCGCCUUCUCAAUGAUCCUACAAUCCUUGAUAUCCUUGGUCGACUUUGCAAUCUACUUGUCCGAGCCGUCUCGGUUCAAAAGCAAGAGCAGGCCGCUCAAAAUGUGUACAGUCUCUUUACAACUGGAGGGUUUGUACCGGUACCUUUCUCCGAUGGCGCAAAUGCUGAUCAAGAACGUACCAUUAUUAUUUCAACAUAUCUCCUUGCAGGCCUAUCAAAGGACUGUGUGAGCCUCAUUCCUAAUACAACUCCUGAUAUGUCAGGCCUGCUUUCAGAUUUAGUCAAGCGAUCUGUAUCCGAAAACACAGAACCUGCCACUCACCUUGCAUUCUUGCAUCACCUGGCACUGCUUGUCAACAAGUUCCUCUCUAAACAGGACUUGAAAAUCGCUGAAAAGCUUUUUGAUUCUCUUGUCUCACCAGAGGGCCAGUUCUUCAGUUCUGCUACCAUCCGCACCGUCUUUUGGUUAUCCAAGGCUCUCGUUCUUCGCCUCAGCCCAUCCACUACCCAUAUCUUGACCUCACUGAUGGGUCUCCUUUCCUCCCCCGACCAGCAAACUAGCCAUUCUACUGCUCGCGGGUUUUCUAUUCUCCUAGGCGAUGACGAUGUCCUUUCCGCAACCAACGGUGCUACAAUUCGCCUGCUUUCCAAGCAACGUGUCUUUACUACCGUCAUCCCGUUGAUCUCGUCGCGUAUCCGCGAUGCCAACAUCGCUGGUAAUGACGAUUCCUCUACCACCAAAUCAUUAGACCACAUCAAACCAGCCCAUUUAACCGCCCUGGCUGGUAUCCUCUCCACGAUCUCCACAGACCUCGUUAUGCCAGAACUUCCCACCUUACUCCCACUUCUCCUCCAAUCUCUCGACCUCCAAACCUCCGAUUCUGUCGCUGUCCGCGCCGCAACUCUUGACACUCUCGCAGUUAUCAUCCGCGAUAACGGUGUUGCCACCAUUGAUAAGUGCGGCCACGUUCACAGUCUCGUCCAGAGACUCCUCAAGACAACAGUAGCCAGACCAGGUCCUGGUGUCGUGAACCCUCCCCGUCUCCGGGCUGAUGCGCUGAAGUGCCUUUACCUACUUGCCACAAGGCAGACGUCUGCCGAGUCGGCUCCCAAUUCUCGGAUCCCGGCUGCCAUCUCCCCGCUGCUUCCUGAAAAGGCACAGGUCUUGCGCUCUUUGCGGGCUGUCUUGGAUGACCCCAAGCGUGAUGUGCGGAAGGCGGCUGUUGAUGCAAGCAGCGCUUGGUUCCGGGGUGUGGACGAUGCACCGGAAGAGGAUGAUUGA